AGGAAGGAGGAAAAGGGAAGGUCCUGCCUUCCUUCAGACUGAGUUAAACUACUUUUAAGCAACUUUUACCUUAACUUUUUUCUUCAAUGUUGAUAUAAAACGUCCGUAGCCUCGCGCCGCGGUCAGCCCACAAAGCGAAGCGGGCGGGCCGGAGGGACCCGCGGGGUGCCGGACGGCGACAUGUCGGAGGGAUCCGUGGCCGUCUGGAUGUGACUGCUAGAGAGGAGGAUGGAUGGAGAGAAGGAGACGGCCGAGGAGAAGGAGGAGGAGGAGGAGAAAGAGCUUCAUCACAUCGCAGCGGCGACCUCUGUGGACUGUUCGAACCUUCCCAUCAUGCACUGGGAGGACUUGAGCCAGCGGAUAGCUGAGUUGGAGAAACAGGAGCAGGAGAGGAGGGAAAGGUCAAAGAGAGGGACGGAGGUGAGGAUGGAGGACAGUCAGGGGGGAAUGUGGGGGGACGUCUGGGAGGAAGAGGAGGAAGACUUCAGGAGGUGUCGAGUAACACAGAGAUUUCACAACCACAGAAACCUGCAGCUGUGCUUCAUCAACAACAGCGACAGUGAAGACGAAGACGAAGGAGGCAACAAAAAGGUUUCCAUGGGAAUGGGGGGCAACGGUUGCCAUGCCGCUGGGCUGAAACAGGAAGUGGCCACCGCUCUGAGGACGCUGAGAGACAAACUGCUGGCUGAACAGAAGGAGAAGGAGCAUCUGGCUAGCAGCAGUGGUGUUGCCAAGAGGAAACAUCUGGAGCCUUGGGAGCUGCAGCAGUGUUCAGUGCAACAGCUCAGCAGCUUGAGAGCAUCACUUCAACAGGACGUACACGCUCUGAGCUCCGAGCUGGUGGCCCACCUGUUGGUACGAGACCAGCUGAGGACGAAGCAGGAUGCCAUGCUGCUUGAUGUCCAGGACCUGACCUAACACCAGGACCGCAGACUGGGACGGCCCACACAAAAGAGAUGAACUUUUGUCCACUCUGGGACCAGUUUGGGCUGCUCGUCCAUGUCGGCCCAGGACUCAUUUACUUCAACAAAACAUUAGCUGAUCUGCUAAUUUAUCAAAACUGAAAAAUCACCAGCAUUCAGGGCAACAAAGAGGGAAAAACGACUGGAUGAUCGGGUUAGAAGGGAACUGAAUCACCUGAAAAUGUUGUACAGCAUUGAUCGCACUUCAAGAUUGAUGACGAAUGACAAACCUGAAACUAAAAAAAGUUACAUCAUAGACAGGAUGCGACUUCAACACGUGUCCAAAAGAAAGUUCAUAAAGGAGUUGGUUGGUUACACAACAGCAGGGUGAUAUGAAAUGAUGGGAAGAAGUAACCUACAACAGACAGAAAGUCACUGUUUCAAAUCAACAAAGGAACAAAGAUUUCGGGUGAAUUUGGAGGCCGAAUCCAAAUGUCGGCAUCUCUGUUAGCUUCUGGCUAGUGGGGACAGUGUUGAACUAGCCGGAGCUAUGAGGCCUGUAAAGAAUGACAAACACAACACACGCUCUUACAUUUUGUCAUAAUUUCUCUAAACUGCACUCAAAUGUUUAAUUCGAGUAGUGUUGGAACUUUGAUCGACCAAUUUAGCUACUCAGGACGUGUGUUUUCAAGUUUGCGGCCAGUGUCGGUGGUGUUUCACCUGGAAACUAAAAUAGAAAGCGAGGUGGUUGUGAUUUGACAAAGGGGGUCAGAAAUUAAAACCGUCCUCUCUGGUGACACCAGGUUGAUGACACCAGUAUACAGAAGACAUUUACACAUAUUAAAAAUUAUGGGUUUGUAGACCGGUCGGUCAGCUCCCUCAUUUUUCAUGUAUGGAUUAUUAGCAGGUGACAUUUAAUGAUGGUGGAUAACGGACAAAAUGUGGUGUUGAAUUUCCGUCGGUUUAUUUAACAGAAGCCCCUUUCAGACAUGCAGCUAUCUUAUUAUCGGACUCCUGUUCGAUCUGCCCAAGAUGCAGGAAGUGGCUGAGUGAAUAUAGGGUGUGGCAGCAAUGGCUCAGCAUGACUUGGAGUUCAGUGCCUCUGAUUGAAUUGCUCCGUCCAGGUUAAGUGAGUUGCUGCCCCAGGUGAAGGAGUUGAAGUAUCUCAGGGUCUUGUUCACCAGUGAGGGUAAAGGUGCGGGGACAGCAGUAAUCUGGGCGUUGGACCAUACUGUUGUGGUUCAGAGGGAGCUGACCCAGAAGGCCAAGCUUUUGAUUUACUGUGGUCAUGAGCUUUGGGUUUCCUCUGUAGGAAGCCUCAGAGAUCCCCCAUAUGCCCUAGGAGGAGCUUGAAAAUGUUGCUGGAGAGAGGGACGUCAGGACUACUUUGCUUAACCUCCUGCAGAAAAGCGGUGGAUGCUUCCAAAAUUCUAACUCAACCAACACGAAAGCACGAUCAGCAUUACUGUCAUUAGAAGACAUGUUGGGCAAUCUAGAUUUUAAAGACAGUGUUGAGGUCAAGGGGGGAAUCUUAAAGGACCUCAGAACCUGUUUUCCCAGUCAGCUUUUGAACAGUAGGAUUAUGCAUGAACACUAACUUGUGCCAAAGUUGAAGCAUUUUUGGUUAUUCCACAAAAGUUUUAUGCCAGUAUUGUUUUAUCUGUGCACUCACAAUCAGCUAUUUGAAACUGAAUCUGAUGGGGGGGGGGGGGGGGACUGACACAGUCCUGAUGAAGCAGAUUAGCUUAAUUUUUUGUAUUAAAGGGAAAAAAUGUAUGAACUUCAGUCAUAAAAAUUUAAAGAGAUAGAAGAAACAGAUUUCAAACCAGCUCUUCAGGGGAUUCAAGAUGCACUCAAGAAACAAACGGUGAUGAAAUCUUACUGUACAAAAAAGAAAACAUCAGGCAUGUAGGAACAGGAGCAACGUGUUGAUCAUAACAAAAGCCCUUCAUGAGCUACACGACUUGUUCAUGAGACAGUUUUAGAAAACAAUGUCAGCAGGUCUUCAUGAGCGAUUUUUACAUGUUGAAAAAAUCUAGUUUUAACAAUUUUUCCUGCAUUUAACUUUAAUGUAGGACACAUAAAUGUUGUGGUGAAGCCUGUGCGGUUCAGUUUUUAAUGAGAGAGUAUUGUGUUGCUGGCGAUGGAAAAGAUUAGUGUGAUUUUUCUCAGGUAGGACGACCAGCAGCAGGUUCAGUCUGAAUGAAAAGUUUCAAACAGAGUUCAUAUUCAAGAAAUCAGUCAAAUGUAACCUUUUUUUAAAAGCCUUAUCACAUAACAGAAAAGUCCAUAUUGUGUUACUUUCUGACCUUUUUAAGAAAAGUGAGACAAAGAAAGUUAUCAAAGAAGUUGUGGUUUCUUGGACUGUUGUUGUAAAUCUAUACAUUUAUAUGCAAAUGAGGGAUUCUAACUUAUCUUAUUUAAGUUUUAUUGUGUUUACUUACUUGUUAUUAUAACAAGGGAACAUUACACUCAUACAGCAUGUGUAGCGAGACAAGCUCAACUUAACUGAUACAUUGAUAUUUUGAUUGUUAUACUUUGUUAUUUUUCUUAAAAAACAAAAGGGGAAUUUUACAAAUAAAAGAUACACAUAUUUAUUUUGAAUUUUGAUAUAUAGUUGCAAAUGUAAAUUUCUCAGAUAGUCCGCUGUGCCUAAGAUAAAAACAAAACAAAAACAAUUUGUUUUAAAAGUUUAAAAGCAACUACAGUCGGUGAGUUGUAUUGUUGUACUUUACCUAAAUACAUUUUCAUUUUGGUGGCAUCCCUCUUAAACUGAUGUUAAACACUUCAGGUACAGUCAGUGAUUACAUUAUUGUUUACUCGUAAGAAAUGCAAGGGAAUAAUGCGCUUAGUGUAGCCAAGUAUAUGUGAUGAUGCACAGGAAAUAUGAUGUUUUCUUCUUUUAACUCAAUGUUUAUGUCGCCACCUAAACAUCACGCUGUUUUUAUAACUUCCUGAACAUCUAUAAGGAUGUGAAGUUUUAUUCUGACUGCAGUAAUUUACCUUUGGUUUAUACACUAACUGUGUAUAUUUAGAUGAUUUAAAAUGUGGCUUUUAACCAUCAGCAGCGAUGUCCUCUAGUGCCUUACAAAGACAUAAUAUUUUGAUACUGAUUAAUUCCACAUUUUUUCACAUUGAUCUGUGAUAAGGAGCUCAAUAUCAUAUUCAUGGAAGGCAAUGUAUUGCAAAGGAAAUGCGUCUCUGUUACUUAUGUAUAAAAAAAAUAAAGCCAUAUUAAAAUGGCAUUUUUAGAGUGGAAUGAUACAAACUUAAUGUGCUGCGUUUCCUCUUGAAACAUCAUGUUGUUGCAGGACAUAACAGAGUAAUAUUUUGUGCUUAAGCUCCUGAAAAUGAGCUAACAAACAGAAAAGUGAUUGUUUUUCAUUUCAUCUUGACUUUGAGAGUAUUUAGAGAUGUAUUUUAAAAUGUAAAUAAAAUUAAUUACAAAUGUGUUUUGUAAAUGUAAACAAUAAUUCAAAAAUAUAUUUUGAUGGUCUGCAGCAGUUUUAUUUUGGCGGCUACUUUAUUGCAUCAGUGUUUUACGUUUCGCUGUAAUCAUAACAAGGCUCAACAAAUGAAGCCCUACAGUUUGAAUGUAAACAAUCCACUUCUGCAUCGCUUUUCCUACUCUCGUCUGUUCUUUGCAGUGGUGGAAGAAGCAUUAAAAGUAGCAAUACCACACUGUGAAAAUACUCCACCAGAAGUAAAAGUCCUGCAUUUAAAACUGUAUUUAACAAAAAAGCAUGUAUUA